AUCAACUUGCACCAACUUUUUACGAACCAUAUGGCUAUCGUUGCGGUAGCCGGUGGCUCCGGGGACCUUGGACGUACAAUCGUCCAUGCCCUUGUCGAGCAAGGAAGACAUACCGUCUACAUUCUGACCCGCCAGCGUAGCUCGGGCAAGCAUGAAACCCACAAGACAGACCAGACCGGGGCGAGCUUAGUCGAGAUUGACUACGGCAACGUCGCGGCAAUCUCGUCCCAACUGCAAGAACAUCAGAUCGACACCGUGAUCUCGGCCAUUAAUUUGUUCUGGCCUGGCGCCUCCCAGGCGCAACUGAAUCUUAUCCAGGCCGCCGCAGACUCGGGCGUCGUCACCCGCUUCGUGCCGAGUGAGUUUAAUAUCGACUAUAAUGUGCCGCCGGAACAAAUGCCCUACCCUCCAAGGGAAUCCCACCUCCAGGCCAGAAGUCUCCUAGAGAAAACCCCCUCGAUGGCAUAUACCUGUAUCCGAAAUGGUCUGUUUAUGGACUAUCUGGGUCUGCCGUAUGCCGAGAGCUAUCUCCUCCCGCUGCACAUCCUCCUUGACCUCCCGGCUAGGAAGGCCGUGGUGCCGGGGGACGGAUCGGGCAUCGUCGUGUUCACGCAGACCCGGGAUGUGGCCAGGGGGGUCGCGGCUCUCGUUGACCUGCCGGCGGGGGACUGGCCGCGUGAAAUCGCCAUCAGGGGGGAGAGGAUCUCACUGGAUGGCUUGGUGCAGCUUGUUGAGAGGGUGACCGGUUCGGCAUUCGAUGUUACUCAUGUCUCCGUCGAGGAUCUCUCUAGGAAUAUCACCGAGGAGUUGCCCUCAAACAGGGGGGUAUACCAUCUGUUCCCGCAAGGAAAGGAGGACUUGAACACUGUCAUCUGCACCCAGAUGAUUGGCAUGGCUUAUGGAGUCUUUGACAUCCCUGGAGUGGACAUUACCCAAUAUGUGCCCUCUUGGGCUCCAGAGAGGCUCGGUCCAUUUCUUGAAACGUGCUGGGCCAAGGCGAAGUGA